AGAAAGAAGAGCAAAUGUUAACUAUCAUUCAUGGAUAAAGGUGUAUUGAUUUAGCCGCUUCUGUCAUCUUCUUCGGCUAGUCAGUGAGCUCCGGCUGGCAGGUGGUUUCCAGUUUCCACCCGAUGUCUGUGGUGCCACUUUUCAACCUCGCUCCCGACUUGACCGUCUCAAGGCUUUGCUUCGGAACCAUGACUUUUGGUGAGCAGAAUUCACUGUCACAGUCGUUCCAUCUUCUUGACAAAGCUUUCAAUUCCGGAAUCAAUUUCUUCGAUUCUGCUGAAAUGUAUCCAGUGCCCCAGCGCCAGGACACUCAAGGAAGGAGCGAGGAAUAUCUUGGCCGUUGGAUUAGAGAAAGAAAACUUCCUCGGGACCGUAUUGUCUUGGCCACAAAGGUAACUGGACCUUCCGGGCAAAUGACUUGGAUUCGGGAUGGACCAAAGUGUCUGGAUGCCUGCAAUAUAGCCGAAGCCAUUGACAACAGUUUGUUGCGACUGCAGACUGACUAUAUUGACCUUUAUCAAAUUCAUUGGCCUGAUCGCUAUGUUCCUAUGUUUGGAGAAACAGAGUAUGAUCCAAUCCGACAAUUCGAAUCUAUAGGCAUAGAGGAGCAACUUGAAGCUAUAGGAAGAGCAGUUAAAGCUGGUAAGAUAAGGUAUGUGGGGCUUAGUAAUGAAACACCAUACGGAGUCAUGAAGUUUCUUCACAGGACUGAACUUAGUCCUAGCUAUCCUAGGAUCAUAUCUUUACAGAAUGCUUACAGUUUGCUUAGCCGAACCUUUGACUCUGGAUUGGCUGAAUGCUGUCAUCAUGAGAGGGUUUAUUUGUUGGCUUACAGCCCUCUUGCAAUGGGCAUACUUUCUGGGAAAUAUUUAUUGUCUGACGGUGCCCCAUCUGAUGCACGUUUCAAUCUUUUUAAAGGGAGAUAUAGAGAAGGUGAAUCCAGGUACAAUUUAUCUAGCACAAAAGUAAAGGAAGCUACCAAGGCAUAUCUGGCUGUUGCAGCCAAAUAUGGUAUUCAUCCUGUAUCUUUGGCAAUUGCAUUUGUUUUAAACCACCCUAUUGUGGCUAGCGCUGUUUUUGGUGCAACAAAACCGUGGCAGCUGCAACAAAUUCUGGAUUCAUGCAAGUUGAAGCUGAGUCCACAAGUAAUUGAUGAAAUUGACAAGAUCCAUUUCAUGUUCCCAAACCCUUGUCCUUAAUAUAUAGUUUUUCAAGUUCUAGCAAAUUCUAAGACUUGAAAACAGCCACCAUUUUCACAAAAUUCACAAUGCUGCCACUGGGAUUCGGAAUAAUUUCAUUUUUAUUUUUUCUAAGCUCUCAUUUUCAGAGGGUAUUUUUGCUAUAAUUAUAUUAAGGUAUAUAUAUUGAAUUAUAGCUGUUAAAGUGAGGUGUAGCAUUAUGAGAAUAUGGGGACAUGACAGAUAGGGCCCUUGAUGAUGAUAAUCAUUUAAACAUUGACUCAAAAUGUGGACGUUUGUGUCUUUG